AUGAGAAUUCGAAUCCGUGGGCCUUCGGGCCAGUCAACUGUUACCCUGGAUGACUCCGCAACCAUCAAGGAACUAAAAACCCAAAUUGCGGAGAAGACCGGCCUUGCUACAUUUGACGUCAAAUAUGGAUACCCUCUAAAACCACUUGAGCUUGACAGCUUUCAACCAAACCAAAGGAUCUUGGAAGUUGGGGUACAUUUGAACGGAGAGUCACUCAUCGUCGCACAGAAAGAGGGAAGCACCCGGGGUGUGAGCGACGAUGCGCCAACAGCGCCAACAGCACCAUCACAACCUUCAGCAUCACAGCCACCAAUGUCGCAAGUACCACAUGAAAAUACUGCAGAAGACCCGCCAGAGAUUCCCUCCCCAGAACAUGCUGGGACGUUCGUUCUCCGGGUGAUGCCCGACGACAACUCCUGCCUUUUCCGAGCAGUGGGUGCUGCAGUCAUGGGCGAUAUGGACACGAUGGUUGAGUUACGAUCGAUCAUCGCAGGAGCUAUUCAAUCAAAUCCAACGGAAUACACAGCAGCGAUUUUAGGUAAAAAUCCGGACGAAUACUGUACCUGGAUCCAGAACGAGGACUCGUGGGGUGGCGCCAUCGAGCUGAAAAUUCUCAGCGAAUACUUCAAUAUCGAGAUAUGCUCCAUCGAUGUACAAACUUUGAACAUGUUCCAAUUUAACGAGGGGCGCCAACGCGGGAUUCACUACGAUGUUCUUGCGCUGUCCCCCUCUCCCCCGCCCUACACCCGUGCCAACCCACUACCGCAUGACGAUACAAAGAUCUUCGAAGCUGUUGACCCAGUUGUUUUACAAAAGGCCAAAGAAUUGUGCCGAGUGUUGCAAGGCAAGCACUACUACACGGACACUUCGGGGUUUACUGUUCGCUGCAACGUCUGCGGAGGCACAUUCACUGGGGAGAGAGGCGCCACGAAGCAUGCCGCGGAGACCGGGCAUUACGAUUUCGGAGAGGCAAGCUAG